AUGAAUUCAUAUCUGCUUAAUCGGGCUCUGGGGUCCAUCAGUCCGUCGACCUUCCAUGUCGCUCAGACUUCCCGGCUUAUCCAGCACCUCGAGCCGGCCCCGGGCAUUCGCUUCUCUUCGCGUAAAGACAUCCCAGCGGGAGAUCGAGCUAGGAAUGGCUCUCCUGCUGCGAUUACACAGCUUGGCCUAGAUGGUGAAAUAUUUGCACAUAAAGCGGGCGUAAAUGUGCUCGCGAUAGACCAAUAUGACGGCCGAUUCAUGGUCUCUGGAGGGGCAGACCCUUCAGUGCACUUGUGGGAUCUCGAGACACGAGGCUCAGAUCUGAACCACGUACAUCAUUCGGUUGCGUCUGUCAACAAAGCCUCCCAUGAAGAUGCCCACACCCGUGCCAUCACCUCCAUCUCAAUAUAUCCCUUCGAUCCCACUCCGUCUACGAUUCUGACAACCUCGUAUGAUGGCACUCUCAAGCUGUCAGUUCUAGCGCCAGGUGCCAUUACUCCGGUGCAUACUUUCAAUCUGGAUUGCACGCCAUAUACCCAUUCAUUAUCAUCCAAUCCAAAUUCCCCACUGCUCAUUGCAGUAGGCACCUCGGAGAAGCCCGUCCGAUUACUUGACCUCCGCUCUGGUUUAUCUACACAUGGCCUGCCUGGGCAUGAUUCUGCCGUUCUUUCCGUAUCGUGGGCACCUCACCAGCCACACAUCCUGGCCUCUGCAUCGGCAGAUAGCAGAGUGAUUCUCUUCGACAUCCGUCGUGGGGGGCACAAUUCAGCCAUAGCUGCCCUAGACAUGGAUGAUGCUGUCGGCCUUGACGCUCGGAUCCGUGUCUGGAAAUCCGACACUGGUGCAAACACCUUCGUACAUUUUGGCCCGAGGGUGCGGAACAGCGCGACCGCGCAUCUGGCCGAAAGGGCGCCGCUGAUAGUACCGAGAGGAAUGGUCAUGCCAGGCCAGGAAACCCUCUUGUGGCCGAAUUUCAAUGACCGAGACGAUCGGGGAGAAAUCUUCAUGUUUGACCUCCACGAGGGGACAUUCGUUAAGCUGCUCCGUGUUCCAGGCCUUAUGAUCGGCCGCCAGCAGUUCCAAGGGCGCACCAGUGCCCUGAGCGCUGCACGAAUCAACUCCCUCGCCUGGCGCGGCAACGGUGCCUCCGGCGAGGGCCUCGAGAUGUUUUCCGCUCAUGGCGACGGUACUAUUCGCACCUGGGUCUCACGAGAGCCCGAGGGAGAGCCCGAUGAAGCCGACGAGGCUGAACGAGCGGACCGCAAACGGAAACGCGAUGUUCUAGAUGAGAUCUACCGAGGAUUUAUAGGCUGA